GUGAGGUCAUUGGCCGCCCAGUUUGGCCCCGCCCUGCAGGCCCACCUGACUCUGGCCUUCCAGGACCUGCAGGUGUGCAGUCAGAGGAGGUCCGUGGCCUCUGAGGAGCAGCAGCAGCAGCAGCCCGGGUCCCUGACGACAGAGAGGACCUCAUGGAGCUCAGACCCGCCCAGGGAGCUGUUCCAGGUCCUCCUGCAGAGCCAGGACGAGGAGGCGCCCUGCAGGUACCUGCUGCAGGAGGCACUGGUGCAACGCUGCCCGACGCUGGCUGUGCUGGCUGCAUGUCAACAGGGGGCGGGGCUACUGCAGUGCCUCUGCGUCUGGGUGCUUACGUCGGUCGAUGAUGUCACAGCCGAGGAAGCCACCUCCCACCUGGCCGAAGCCCCCCAGUACCACGAGUGGACCCUGCACGACCUGUCAAUCAUCUGGAGGACGCUGCUGGGGCGGGGCCACGUCAGGCCCCUCCUACGAGGCUUUGAGCUCUUCCAGCGGGACUGCCCCCUGGUGUUGGUUCUGAGGAUGUUCGAGUUGUGUUGCGACUACAGAAACUUCUCCGAGGCCAAAACCAAGCUGCUGGACUUCCAGAGGACUCUCAUCGCUCUCAGAAACGGCGGCCCAGCGCCCUCUGGUGGUCUCCCCCUGCAGUGGGUGGAGAGCCAGGCGUCAGUGCUGCUCCUCACCAUGCUGCAGCGCUGCUCCUCCCAGUACGACCUCCACCGGCUGCUGCAGCUCCUCGCAGACGUCGACAAACUCCUCAAAUCUAACGGUCCAGACUUCAGGAAGCUAAGUCAGCUGAGUCAGCUGCUGCAGGGGUCAGAGGUCAGCGUGUCUCCCCGGCUGCUGCAGUGCAGUUCUCCCUCCGUCCAGCAGGAGGAGUUUCAGGCUGCCGUGGACGCUCUGCAGGCCACGGGGCGCUACAACCAGGCCAGGCAGGUCGCCCUGCUGGCCGGUCUGCCCGUGCACCGCCUGCUGCUCAGUCAGCUCCUCCAGGAGGUGAGCUCCCAGAAGUCCAAGCGGCAGUGGCGACGUUUGGAGACUCGAGUCGGUUUCUGGAGGAAGUGUCACGACCAGCUGAAGGCAGACGGCACCGACCCCGAGUCCGCCUCUCAGUUCUUCCUCUCUCAGGCCGAAGCGGACUCGUCUGCGGACGCCGACCCUCAGAGCGAGCUGCUGCACGUCCAGGAGCGCUGCCUGCUGCUCUGCCUCGCCGCUCACUGGCUGUCGCUGCUCGCCCCGCCUCCCGUGGACGACCUGGCGAGUCUGGAGAAGAAGCUGUGGGUCAGCCGCGUCAGGCAGCACGUCCUCACCGUCUCCAUGGAGAAAGAGAGCGUCUUCAACCUGCCGCCGCCCGCCAUCACGCCCGAGAUGAACACCUACGCCGUCCUCAUGAAGGAGUUCACCUUCUCCAACAUCUCCGGCCUGAACACGGAGCGGUGUCUGAGUCUGGAGGGACUCCCUGAGGAGCAGACGAGCACGCCGACGACCACGCCGACCUCUGACCCCACGCUGAGUCCAGAGGAGAGGAGGGUCCUGGCUGCUCUGAUUGGUCAGUUACUAGAUGAAGGAAGUAUCCACGAGGCCAGCCGGGUGUGUCGAUAUUUCUCCCUCCAUCACCCGGACAUGUGGGUGGUGCUGCGCUGCCGAAGUCUCGCUUCAGGAGAGUCCAACCCCGACCCACCAGAGGAGGCGACCGAGGCUCUGCCGAAGAAGGGGAUCACGAGCUCCGCCUCCAUCAGCAGCCUGUCCUCCUUCGUGGUUCUCCCGCUCCCUGAAGACCAGGUCGCGGUGCAGCUGCAGAAACUCGUGGAUCAGUGUCGGCACGGGAACAACUACUGCAAACAAGUCCUCAGCCUGUACCAGCUCUCCAAGGAGCUCCAGGUCUCCUUCAGUCAGAUCUGUGCUGAGGAUCCUCGCUCGGUGCUGGAGAAGCUGCUGCUGUCGGAGCAGCCGGAGCGUUUCAGGAAGGCUCAGGCCUUCAUCAGGGCUCAGGGUCUGACCCCGGACUCUGUGGCCCAGCUCGUCUCCUCGGCCGUGGUGCAGGCGCUGCUGGCCUCCAACCAGGAGCUCCAACCGGAGAGGCAGGUGUUCAGGCCGUCAGAGGGGCGGGACUCUCUGGUCCAGCUCAUCAAACUGUGCGAGGAUCCGAACCUGGUGGGACUCAAGCUGCUGGAGAACCUCAACACGGCUCCUCUGAGAGACCUGAGCUGCAUCUGUGAGUUGCUGAUCGUGGCUCAUGACUGUUUCAGUCUGACCUGUAACAUGGAGGGGAUCGUCAGAGUGCUCCAAGCCGCCCGUCACCUUAGCCACGCCCACCUCGCUCCAGGAGAGCACUACAGCCUGCUGGUGCGUCUGCUGACGGGUAUCGGCAGGUACAAUGAGAUGACGUACGUCUUCGACCUGCUGCAUCAGAACCAUCGCUUUGAGAUGCUGCUGAGGAAGAAGGUGGACACGGACAGAGGACAGAGCUCCAGCCUGAAGACGGCUCUCCUGGAUUACAUAAAGCGCUGCCUGCCUGCAGACAGCGAGAAGCACAACAUGGUGGCGCUGUUUUUCAGCAUGAGGAGGGAGAUCGGAGAGAACCACGAGAUCGCAGCGAGGACGCAGCUGAAGAUGAUCGAGUCUCAGGCCUGGGUCGUCACGCCGGACCUGAAGAACUCGCUGGUCAAAGUGUUGGGUCUGCUGAAGGACGCUGCAGAGAGCUUCUCAAAGGACUCGUGUGUGCGUCAGGCCACACGUUGUGUCCGUACGGCCAAACUGGUCUCUCUUCAGCUGCACUUCCUGAAUCACGGAUUGGACCUGCGCGUCAUCAACCUGCGUCCUGCAGAGAUGCUGAACGCCAUCGUAGCGCUGCCUCGAUGCUACCAGGUGUUCGUGGUGUCCGAGGCGUACAGCUACAGUCCGGACUGGGCCGAGAUCCUGUUCCAGAAGGUGAUCCUGAAAGGAGACUUUGCGUUCCUGGAGGAGCUGAAACGCCACCGACCUCUGACCUCCAGCCUGUUCGAGGACAUCUUCAAAAAGCUGGACGGCGCUCCCAGUAAUGUCACCCCUAACGUGAAGCGCCUGCUGACUCACUGUGACGACGUGUUCAGCCGCUACAGACUGGCCUAUCAGCAGAACCUGUAUGAUGUCACCAAAACGCUGCUGCAGGACGCCAAGACCUCCAGCUACCUGAACGACCGGCUGGCCAGCUGAUCGCCGGUCUGACUGAAGACACGACAGACUGUUUCUUUGAUCCUCCUCAGGAGGAAACAACACCUGAGAGUCUGACUGUCUCACCCUCCUUCCUGACCUGAACACUGAGAGGAUUUAAAGUCUGAUGACAUGAACAUGAACUCUGUUUCUAUCUUUAGAUUAAUGUUCACUUUGUGAUAAAAUGAAUCUGUAAAAAUGAAAUUAAAGACACUUUGUUUCCUACUUUAA